GUUUCUUUGACAAACGGGCGGAGUGAGGAGUGACAUGGCGUCGACAAGCCGUGGAGAUGGUCUGACCCUUCCCAGAGUUCAGUGUCCCAACCACCCUGAUGCCAUACUGGUAGAGGACUACAGAGCAGGGGACAUGAUUUGCCCCGAAUGCGGCCUUGUAGUAGGUGAUCGUGUAAUCGAUGUAGGCUCAGAGUGGAGGACGUUCUCCAACGAGAAAGCCCUCAAAGAUCCAUCCAGAGUGGGAGACGCCCAGAACCCACUGCUCAACGGAGGCGACCUAACCACCAUGAUCAGCAAGGGAACUGGUGCUGCUAGUUUUGAUGAAUUCGGCAACUCCAAGUACCAGAACCGACGGACCAUGAGCAGCUCUGACCGGGCCAUGCUCAACGCCUUUAAAGAAAUCAGCACCAUGGCUGAUCGCAUCAACCUGCCAAGAAACAUCAUAGACAGAACAAACAACUUAUUCAAGCAGGUUUAUGAACAGAAGAGCCUGAAGGGGCGAGCCAACGAUGCCAUUGCUUCGGCCUGCCUCUACAUUGCCUGCAGACAAGAAGGUGUGCCGAGAACAUUCAAAGAGAUCUGUGCUGUCUCUCGGAUUUCCAAGAAGGAGAUCGGCCGGUGCUUCAAGCUGAUCCUGAAGGCGCUGGAGACCAGCGUGGAUCUCAUCACCACCGGAGACUUCAUGUCCCGCUUCUGCUCAAACCUCGGCUUGCCCAAACAGGUGCAGAUGGCGGCCACCUUCAUCGCCAGGAAGGCAGUGGAGCUCGACCUGGUGCCUGGCAGGAGCCCCAUCUCAGUGGCUGCAGCAGCCAUCUACAUGGCCUCGCAGGCCUCCGCAGAGAAGAAGACCCAGAAAGAAAUAGGAGACAUUGCCGGCGUCGCAGACGUUACGAUCAGACAGUCUUACCGACUCAUCUACCCACGCGCUGCAGAACUCUUCCCUCCAGACUUCAAAUUCGACACACCUGUCGACAAGCUGCCCCAACUGUGAAGACUUGAUCCCGACACAGUGACGAUAUUUUUCUGCUGUACUUACAGGACUUUACUCUCCUUUUUUAAAAAAAAACAUUUUUGUGUUGGAUUUGGAAGAUUUAUCUGCUCCCUCCUAAGACGUCGAGCCUUCGUCACGGUGCUCCCUCGCAGGAAUAAAAACGGACACAUUCCAGUGCUUAAAUAAACAGCUUUGCAGACUGUACUUACAGUAUUUCAUUUGCUUGUAUAUACUGUAUCAUGUAUAUAUGUCCAAGUGGGAAAAAAUGUAAUUGAUGCUUGCAAUUUUAGGCCGGUUUCAUACUGUAUACAUAAAACUUUGUUUUUGUAGAAAAAUGACCUGGUUCUAUUUUGUUAGUUUGUUUGAAUUGUUCUAAGUAAUUUAAAAAAAUAAAAUGAAAUAAAAGACUUUCAGUAAAGCAUGGUAAUCAGCUCAUGGUUUGAAUAAUAUUAAACAUUUGUUUACAUAAAA